AUGUCCAAGAUCAUCACUGUCUUUGGUGCCACCGGCAACCAGGGUGGCUCCGUCAUCAACUCCCUGCUCAAAGACUCCGCCAUCACCAAGGAGUACCAGAUCCGCGGUAUCACGCGCGACACCUCCAAGCCCGCCUCGCAGGCCCUCGCCGCCCGGGGUGUCGAGAUGGUCGCCGCCGACAUGUCCAGCGUCGAGGCCGUCGCCCCCGCCGUCAAGAACGCCCACACCGUGUUCGUGGUGACCAACUACUGGGAAAAGGCCAGCGCCGAGGCCGAGAUUGCCCAGGUCAAGGCCGUCACCGACGCCAGCAAGGCCGCCGGUGUCCAGCACAUUAUCCACUCCACCCUCAUCCACGUCACAAAGGCCACCAACGGUCGUCUCUCCCACGUCCUUCACUUUGACGCCAAGGCCGAUGGCACAGAGUACAUCCGCCAGAGUGGCGUGCCCGUCACGGCCUUCCUCCCGGGCUACUUCCUCAGCAACUUCUUCAACAGCUUCCAGAAGCAGACCGACGGCACGUAUGCCGUCAUGAUGCCUCUCCCCGCCGACAAGAAGAUCAUCCCCACCUUUGACGCCCAGAGCGACACGGGCAAGUACGUCAAGGCCGCCAUCAAGACCUUCAACGGCGAGUCGGGUCGCCAGUUCUACGGCGCCAGCGAGUACAUCAGCCACCAGAAGCUCGUCGACGACUGGUCCGAGGUGAUGGGCAAAAAGGCCGUUUUCAAGCAGAUCCCCGCCGAGCUCUUCCAGAGCUUCCUGCCGCCGCAGAUUGGCAAGGAGUUGACGGAGAAUAUGCUCUUGCUCGGGGAUGUUGGCUACUACGAGGGUGCCAGUCUCGACGAGACCAACGCCCUGCUUGAGGAGAAGCCGACGACCUGGAAGGAGUUUGUGGUGGCCAACAAGGACAAGUUUCAGUAG